GUGGUCUUUUCCUCUGCUGCAAGGCAACCGAAAAGCCCUCCCUCCUCGGCGGCUCGGUUCCUCCUCUUUUCCCCUCUUCCCCGGCCCCGAAUCCCUGCACCUACUGGCAACACCGCGUCUAGGGCUGUAGCCUCCGCCCACCGAGCCUUCCGCCGCCGAUGGCACUGCUUGGCGACGCCCUCCGGCAGGCCAUCAUGCCGCGGGGCGCGUACGAGGCGCUGCGGCACGAGGAGCGCGCGCUGCCGCGCCUCCGCCGCCCGCUCGCGGGGCUGGCUGCCGCCUGCGUCGCCGUGGCCGCCGUCGCGGCGGCGGGGGUCAGCCUCGGGAUCGUGUUCCCUGCCGAGCCCGCGGAGCGGCCCUUCUGCCGCGAACGCCGCAUGCUGGAGGCGCUCCCGGCGAAUGCCAGCAGCCGGGAGGAGGAGCCCGAGGCGUACCGGUACCGAGGUGGGGCGUUCUACAUGACCACAGCCGAGGCCGCCGACUUCUAUUGGAUGGUGGUCUUCGUGCCAUCCGCCGUCCUCUUCGCCGCAUCUGCUGCCUACCUUGUAGCAGGAAUAUCUGUUGCAUAUGCUGCUCCACGAAGGCAUCCAUUCAUCUGUAUUGUUGAGAAUAACUUCUGUGCUUCUAGAAGAGGUGGUGUGCGUUGCCUGUCUAUACUUAAUGCAGUUUUUGCCAUCAUAUUUGGUCUCAUGGCUAUAAUUCUUGGGUCAACGCUUCUGGCCCUUGGAAGUAGUUGUUCGGUCCCUCUCUUCUGGUGUUAUGAAAUUACAGCAUGGGGUUUGGUAAUCCUAUAUGGUGGCACAGCCUUCUUCUUGAGAAGGAAAGCGGCAGCUGUCCUUGAUGAGGGUGAUUAUGCUACCCACAGUGUGGGCCUUGAGAUGCUUGAGACCACAAUAGAAGUGACCCCAGAGAUGCAACGACGCGUAAAUGAUGGUUUCAAAACAUGGAUGGGAUCAUCUCUUCUAUCUUCAGAUGAUGAGGAGGAAGCUUCGGAUGAUUAUGUAGAGCACAAUACUCCUAGCCCAAAAGCUUCGGUUCAACACAGGCAGGAAAAUGAUUUAGAGAGCUGACUUGUGUAUAAACAGAUGUACAUAGUGCUCCAGUUAUUCCUUGAGGCUGAUGAUGUUGUAUAUCCUCGGCUCAGGUCCUACGGCUAAAAGUGUAAGUGUGUUGUUUCGUUCUUUCUCUACUAUAGAGCAAUGAAAAUGAGGGGUUAGUUAGCAAGUCAAGUUAUA